CCAUGUUUUGAGUCUAGUGGAGAUGCCGGUAGGCGUGUAGCAGAUCGGCAUCUGCGUCAGUGACUAUCUCUUCUCAGACUGCAGGGCCCUCGGGGCGAACGCCGGGAUGCACCAGAAGCGGGAAAUGGAACCAGUGACCUUUGAGGAUGUAGCUGUGAAGUUUACUCUAGGAGAGUGGGCUCUGUUGAAUUCUUCUCAAAAGCAGCUCUACAGAGAUGUGAUGACAGAAACCUGUAUGAACCUGAUCUCCAUAGGGCAAACAGAGGAAGAAAAUAUUGAAGAGAACUACCAAAGUCUCAGAAGAACUCUGAGAAUUCAGGUGGUUGAGAGAUUCUGUCAGUAUGAACACGGCAGUCAUUGUGGAGAAACCCACCAACAGAUUUCAGAGCAUAUUGUUAAUGAGGACAUACCUCCUGGCAUAACAUUAUAUGAAAGCAGUAUGUGUGAAAGUGGCAUCAUUGGUGAUUCACAGUCAUAUGCGCACCUCAGAGGUCACCUGGAAGAGAAACCAGUCGAGUAUCAGGAACAUGUCGGAAAAUCUUUUAAAUAUAAGAAAUGGGAAGAUUUCAUUUAUUCUGAGUUCUUUCAAAUGCACGAGAGCCGUCCUUCUAAAGAAAAAACCAAGGAAAAUGAACAGUGUAAUGAAUCCUCUAGGAGUCUCACUUCUGACCAAGAUUAUGAGAGAACUCACACUGGUUCCAGUAACCUUAUCAAACAUGAGAGAAUGCACACUAAAGAGAAAACUUUUGCAUGUAGGCAUUGUGGUGAAGCUUUCAUCUAUUCCAUGGCCCGUUAUAAUCAUGAAAGAACUCACAAAAGAGGGAAUACUUAUAUAUGUAAACACUGUGGGAAAACAUGCAGUCAUUCUUAUCAACUUCUCCGGCAUGAAAGACGUCACACUCGAGAGAAACGUUAUGCAUGUAAUCAGUGUGGGAAAGCAUUUAGACGUUCUCCAAACCUUCGUAAACAUGAAAGAAUUCACAGUGGAGAGAAACUUUUUGCAUGUAAGCAUUGUGGAAAAGCGUUCAUCAGUGCCAGUGGCUGUUACAAUCACGAAAGAAUUCACAGUGGAGACAAACCCUAUGUUUGUAAGGAAUGCGGGAAAGCAUUUACAUUUUCUGCAUACCUUCGCAAACAUGCAAAAAUCCACACUGGAGAGAAACCCUAUACAUGUAAGCAUUGUGGAAAAGCUUUUGUCAAUUCUAGUGCUUGUUACAGGCAUGAAAGAAUUCAUACUAGAGAGAAACCAUAUGUGUGUGUACAGUGUGGGGAAGCGUUCACUUUUUCUAAAUCCCUUCAAAUACAUGAGAAAAAUCACACUCAAGAAAAGUCCUAUGAAUGUAAUCAAUGUGGGAAAGCAUUUACAUCUUCCUCACACCUUCAUAGACAUGAAAGAAUUCAUAGAAACUAAGUGGGUAGAGUGUAUAGCCCUGUAAAUCAUGUGUAACUAUAGUCUACAUGUUUUUUGAAAAAGGCUUAUUACAUUUAUUUAUGUAUUCACUUAUUUGUUUGUGUAUGUGAGGUGUUGGGGGGAAGCAUACCCAUACCCCAGUGUACAUGUGGAGGUCAGCAGACAAACUGAGGGAUUGAAUUUUCUCUAUCAUGUGAGUCCCAGGGAUUGAACUUAGGUCCUCAGGCUUGGCAGUAAGCACUUUUUCCUUCUAAACCAUCUCACCAGCCUGCAGCUAGCUUUUAUUGUGAAAUAUGAUAAAGGAGUGUGGACAGAUACUACAGAAUGUAAAACCUGCAGAUGUGUAAUUUUGGCCCUUUUAACCAAGUGUGGAUAGGAUGCAGACCUGCUGUUGCACCAGACAUCAUAGUGUUCGUCUUAUUCCAACACUGGGGGUGGGGGGUAGAGGUUAGAGAAUUACAACAUUGAGUAUGGUGGAUUUGAAUACAGCUUGAGAGAGAUAAGAACCGAUUUCAGCCAAAGUAAAUUAUCAUUGUCAGAAAUACAAGAAAGUGGUAUGUUGUUACAAAUAAGUAAAAGUCAUUAAAUUUUCUUAGUAGUUAUAUAUUGUAAAAGUAAGAAAUGUGAACAGAUACCUUGAACAAAGUAAUGUAAAAUAUUCCUGAAAAUAAACAACUUGAAAGAAAA